AUGUCACGCUCGCUCCGACGCCAGAAUCCCAUCACCAUAAUCCUCGCUGGUAUCCUCUGCAUUGGGUUCUUUAUCUUCUUCUUCUCCGGCAGCGAUGUCCCCUCCAUGUCCAGGGGUAGCGGCGAUGUAGCCUCUAACCCACUAUCUCCGCCAUCAUUACCUUUUCGCAAGUCGAAAGCCAAUUCUCCUCAGGUCGCGCCGCCAGUUGUACAUUACUACAUGAACAAUGUGACCAAUUCCCGCACGCCUGCUGAGAACGAAGAAGCAGUUCUCAUCCUCACUCCAUUGGCCCGGUUCUACCAGGAGUAUUGGGACAACCUCCUUAAACUCACCUAUCCCCACCACCUCAUCUCCCUUGGAUUUAUCAUCCCAAAGACAAAGGAGGGCAAUGCUGCAUACACUGCAUUGCAGGCACAGGUAGCAAAGACCCAAUCGGGUACCAAAUCGAAGCGAUUCGCUGCCGUCACCAUUCUCCGCCAGGACACCGAGUCCCCCCUACAAUCACAAGACGAGACCGAGCGUCACAAGAUGGCGAACCAAAAGGCGCGGAGAGCAGCCAUGGCAAAGGCACGAAACUCGCUCUUAUUCACAACGUUGGGUCCCACGACCUCUUGGGUUCUAUGGAUGGAUGGCGACAUUGUUGAGACUCCACCCACAUUGAUUCAGGAUCUGGCCGAUUACAACGUGCCAAUCAUUGUGCCCAACUGUUUCCAGAGAUACUACAACGAAGAAAAGAAGGCCAUGGACAUUCGCGAAUACGAUUUCAACAAUUGGAUCGACAGCAGCACUGCACAGGAACUGGGCAAGAAGAUGGGCAAGGACGACAUCCUGCUCGAAGGUUAUGCAGAGAUGCCAACCUACCGUAGCCUGAUGGCCAAGAUGUACGACCCGUCGGCGGAUCCUCACGCAAAGGUCAAGCUCGACGGUGUAGGAGGUGCCACAUUACUAGUCAAGGCCGAAGUCCACCGAGACGGUGCCAUGUUCCCGCCAUUUUCCUUCUACCAUCUCAUUGAGACGGAGGGCUUUGCCAAGAUGGCUGCCCGAUUAAACUGGGAGAGUUAUGGACUGCCCAACUACCUUGUGUACCACUACAACGAGUAA